AUGAGCAAUCCCCAGAUCAAGAUCAAGAUGUUGUCUGUGUCUGUUGGAGCGUCCGCGUGCUGCGUGGUGGUCAGUGGUCAGGUCACGCUGAGUGUGCGGCAGCUUGCGCCUGUGUCUGAGCUGGCCUGGGUCACCUGUGGUCACCUGUCCACUCUGUCUGGCCUGGGUCACCUGUGGUCACGUGGCGGCGCCUCCCUGGGCUCACCUGAGGGCGUGCAGGAGAACAGACGCGGUGAAAGAGCAAGGCCAGACUGGCAAGUCCUCCUGUCCAUUGUGCCCCAGAGCCUCUUAGAUCAGUGGCUGGCAAGUCCUCCCAUCCUCUCUGCCCCAGAGCCCCUCAGGUGCAAGGUCGGUGUGCAUCCUUGGUGCAGCCCCAGGGUUCCUGCAGGACCAGCCACGGCCAGGAGCAGCGUAGCAAUGGAGGGUGCGAGGCCAGGCAGCAGCAGCAGCAGCAGCAGUAGUAACAGCCUGGAGCAGCAGGCAAGCCCAGGCAGGAGGACCUACACUUGUGACCACUGCGGCAAAGUGUGCUCCACCAAGGCUGCCAUUGCCAGACACGUCCUCUCCCAUGCCAGCAAGACAAGGCUGAGAGGCAGGAGUGGCCCCGCUGAACACACUGCCACCCACACUGGUGGCAGGAACCACAAGUGUGACCUCUGCGGGAAGACAUUUGUCUGGAAGAGUCAUCUUGCCUCACACAUCCUCACCCACACUGGGGAGAGAAAGUUCCAGUGCCUGGAGUGUGGGAAAAGAUUUACCCAGGAGAGUCAUCUUAACAGACACAUCCUCAUCCACACUGGGGAGAGAAAGUUCCAGUGCCUGGAGUGUGGGAAAAGAUUUACCCAGGAGAGUCAUCUUAACACACACAUCCUCACCCACACUGGGGAGAGAAAGUUCCAGUGCCUGGAGUGUGGGAAAAGAUUUACCCGGAAGGGUUCCCUUAACACACACAUCCUCACCCACACUGGGGAGAGAAAGUUCCAGUGCCUGGAGUGUAUGAAAAAAUUUACCCAGAAAAGUGAUCUUAACACACACAUCCUCAUCCACACUGGGGAGAGAAAGUUCCAGUGCCUGGAGUGUGGGAAAAGAUUUAUCAACAAAAGUAAUCUUAACAAACACAUCCUCAUCCACACUGGGGAGAGAAAGUUCCAAUGCCUGGAGUGUGGGAAAAGAUUUAUCCACAAAAAUCAUCUUAACAGACACAUCCUCACCCACACUGGGGAGAGAAAGUUCCAGUGCCUGGAGUGUGGGAAAAGAUUUAUCCACAAAAAUCAUCUUAACAGACACAUCCUCACCCACACUGGGGAGAGAAAGUUCCAGUGCCUGGAGUGUGGUAAAAGAUUUACCCGGAAGGGUUCCCUUAACAUACACAUCCUCACCCACACUGGGGAGAGAAAGUUUCAGUGCCUGGAGUGUGGGAAAAGAUUUACCCAGAAAAGUGAUCUUAACAGACACAUCCUCACCCACACUGGGGAGAGAAAGUUCCAGUGCCUGGAGUGUGGGAAAAGAUUUACCCGGAAGGGUUCCCUUAACACACACAUCCUCACCCACACUGGGGAGAGAAAGUUCCAGUGCCUGGAGUGUAUGAAAAAAUUUACCCAGAAAAGUGAUCUUAACACACACAUCCUCACCCACACUGGGGAGAGAAAGUUCCAGUGCCUGGAGUGUGGGAAAAGAUUUACCCGGAAGGGUUCCCUUAACACACACAUCCUCACCCACACUGGGGAGAGAAAGUUCCAGUGCCUGGAGUGUGGGAAAAGAUUUACCCAGAAGUGUACUCUUGACAGUCACAUCCUCACCCACACUGGGGAGAGAAAGUUCCAGUGCCUGGAGUGUGGGAAAAGAUUUACCCAGAAGGGUACUCUUGACAGACACAUCCUCACCCACACUGGAAAGAAGAAGAGAAAACAUCCAAAAUCAUAGCUGUUGCAGUCCCCGGUGACUCCGGCCUCAGUAGAGCUGAAAGGCACAAAACUACAAAAUAUCACGACCUAAAAAGUGACCUGGGAACAACAUGGUCGCCGAUGGACACCGGUAUAAUACCAGUGGUGGUGUGGGCGACAGGGCUAAUGAAGAAAACCUUGAGAGCUGCCUGGAGGCAAUCCCCGGUCGCCCAAGUGCCCACGAGGUACACACAGCUGCGGUCAAGGGAACGGUCGCCACGCUGAACAUAACCCUCGGAUGGAAUGCCGGUGCUGCUGAGGGUGUGACCACUAACACCAGGCUUGGGGCCCAUUGCACUCACCAGACAACAAAACAGGAAAGUGCAGAAAACGGGGAGAGAAUGUUCCCGUGCCUGCAGUGUGGGAAAAGAUUUACCCACAAAGGUAAUCUUAACACACACAUCCUCACCCACAUUGGGGCUUGUACAAACUCAGUGCACCCUGAGUGUAGGAAGACAGAAGGAAGCAGAAACAGAAGGAUCUGCUCUGAACCACCCUGGAGAGAGAAACUGCAGCAGAGGAUCACCCAUCAAAGAGAAGAAAUCUGGCAGAUAACAAGCUUCCUGUAAGACCAAAACGACACAAGGAACCUCCUCAAGAAAACAGACAGAAUGACAGGAAGGCGCAGCGCAAGCAACGGCCGGCCGGGCGGAAGACCGGCAGGGGCCGAGCCCCGGCCGAAGCCUUGGCACCACAGAUGAGGACAAAGACAAGAAAAUAAAGGCCAGAAAGAUGAAGAGGCAGCUUGCAGAAAAGCCAGGGGUGGUGUGCAGACACAUGGCAAAGACCUCAAUAGAAGUACAAGACCCACCCGAGAAAGAAGUGGCCGAGGGAUGCUGGAAGACCCCACGCAGCAUCAGGCAGCCCCUGGGAUACAGACCACCACGGUUAAACACACAAGUAAACAACAAUGCCAGCUGUUCAGCUUACAGAGGAAGGUCUGCUGAGAAAGAGAGUGAGUCAAUGCAGCAAGUUUGAGGCUCCAGGUGUAGACAAAGCCCCAAGUUUUGGGUCAGAAAGAUUACACGAGUGCACCGUUCCGUGCACUCGUUUGUACCAGACUACAGAAAGGAAAAGAGGAGCCCCCACAAUGGCUGGCCACUGGAAACACCAGCCUGCCACCAAACGCCAGCCAGACUCCACUGCCAGCCAGACACAGAGCCGUCUGCUGCCCGUCAACAACACGCAGGUGGCCGACAGAGACACCUGUGUGGAGUUUGGUCUGGUGGAGUGCUCCACAUGCACCGGCAGGACUGGCAAGAAGGUAGCACCAGAAACACACACACUGGUGAACAGGACUGCAUUCAACAACUUGCUCAACACUCCACAUGCAAGUGUUUGGGAUCACAAGAGAAUGCCACACUACAACACAAAAAAUAAGAAAAACAAUCAAGAAAGAAUUACCUUAACACCUUGAAAAAGAUUCGCAGGUCAGAACUAACACCAAAAAACAAGACUACUGCCACAAACCAGCUGGCAGUACCAGUAGUGACUUGUGGGUGUGGUGUGGUGUGGUGACUGGCCACAAGACUACUGCCACAAACCAGCUGGCAGUACCAGUAGUGACUUGUGGGUGUGGUGUGGUGUGGUGUGGUGACUGGCCACAAGACUACUGCCACAAACCAGCUGGCAGUACCAGUAGUGACUUGUGGGUGUGGUGUGGUGUGGUGACUGGCCACAAGACUACUGCCACAAACCAGCUGGCAGUACCAGUAGUGACUUGUGGGUGUGGUGUGGUGUGGUGUGGUGACUGGCCACAAGACUACUGCCACAAACCAGCUGGCAGUACCAGUAGUGACUUGUGGGUGUGGUGUGGUGUGGUGACUGGCCACAAGACUACUGCCACAAACCAGCUGGCAGUACCAGUAGUGACUUGUGGGUGUGGUGUGGUGUGGUGACUGGCCACAAGACUACUGCCACAAACCAGCUGGCAGUACCAGUAGUGACUUGUGGGUGUGGUGUGGUGUGGUGACUGGCCACAAGACUACUGCCACAAACCAGCUGGCAGUACCAGUAGUGACUUGUGGGUGUGGUGUGGUGUGGUGUGGUGACUGGCCACAAGACUACUGCCACAAACCAGCUGGCAGUACCAGUAGUGACUUGUGGGUGUGGAGUGGUGUGGUGACUGGCCAAAAGGUUUAUUCUGAAAUGUAAUCUUGACAAACAUCCUCACCCACACUGUGGUAAGGAAGUACAGGUGUGGUGUUUGUGGUAGUGUUUCUGUAGGAAGAGUGGUGUUGCCAGACACAUCCAAACACUCCUGUGGGGGUGAGGUGUUGUGGAUGUGCUGGUGGUGUGUGAGGGACUUGGAGUGACUAGUGUUUGUGUGUUGUUACUUUGUACUCAAGUGUUGGAAUAAACUUUUGUUGCUAGAAUGCUGAGUAAUGUUGUUAUACAGGAAGUAAACAGUUCAUGCAUGGAAGUCACAGACUUCUGAUCUCUCCAAAAUUCCAGAUUAGGGCAGAGCAAACUUGGUAUUGUUCAAUGCCACAAAAACUCAAUUCCUCCAUCUAUCAACUUGACACAACCUUCCAGACAACUAUCCCCUCUUCUUCAAUGACACUCAACUGUCCCCCUCUUCUACAC